CUCUGGUUCUUUGCUCAUUUAUCUAUCUGAGUCUUAACCUUUUGAUUAAUUUGUAUGAACUUUAUCUUAUCUGCUGUACAUUUUCCUUCAACUCUGCUAUUUGCUUUAGCUGGGUUCUAAGCAGAGAGGGGACACGGAGCCAGACUUUUCCGAAACUCCCCCACCUCGUUUCACUGUCUCAGCGCUUACCACACUGGUAUUAUCUCGUUCGCUCUCCCUCUUUAUUACCGACCUGUCCUACUAGCCUGGGAGCGCCGUGUAAGCCGGGACCCUGUGUGUCCUGCCUGUUCAUCAUCCUGUGUCCGGGGAAGCGCCAGCAGCCCAACGUGCCAGGAGCCGGGAGCCCAUGGAGGGUCUGGGCCGCUCGUGCCUGUGGCUGCGCCGGGAGCUGUCGCCCCCGCGGCCGCGGCUGUUGCUCCUUGACUGCCGCAGCCGCGAGCUGUACGAGUCAGCACGCAUCGGCGGGGCUCUGAGCGUGGCCCUGCCCGCGCUGCUGCUGCGCCGCCUGCGGCGGGGGAGCCUGUCAGUGCGCGCACUCCUGCCCGGGCCGCCUCUGCAGCCGCCCCCGCCCGCCCCGGUGCUCCUGUACGACCAGGGCGGGGGCCGGCACCGGCGCGGGGAGGCCGAGGCCGAGGAGUGGGAGGCCGAGUCCGUGCUGGGCACCCUGCUCCAGAAGCUUCGGGAGGAAGGCUACCUGGCCUACUACCUACAGGGUGGCUUCAGCAGAUUCCAGGCCGAGUGCCCUCACCUGUGUGAGACCAGCUUCAACAGUCGUGGUGGCCCAAGCACAGCCCCGGUGCCCAGCCCAGUGGUGGGGCUGGGUGGCCUGUGCCUGGGCUCCGACUGCUCCGAUGCGGAAUCUGAGCCCGACCGUGACUCCAUGAGCUGUGGCCUGGAUUCGGAGGGUGGCACACCCCCCCCAGGGGGGCUGCUGCCAUCCUUCCCCGUCCAGAUCCUGCCCAACCUCUACCUGGGCAGUGCCCGGGAUUCGGCCAAUGUGGAGAGCUUGGCCAAGCUGGGCAUCCGAUACAUCCUCAAUGUCACCCCCAACCUCCCUAACCUCUUCGAGAAGAACGGCGCCUUUCACUACAAGCAGAUCCCCAUCUCAGACCACUGGAGCCAGAACCUGUCCCAGUUCUUUCCAGAGGCCAUUGCGUUCAUUGAUGAGGCCUUGUCCCAGAACUGUGGGGUGCUCGUUCACUGCCUGGCAGGAGUCAGCCGCUCUGUCACCGUCACCGUGGCCUACCUCAUGCAGAAGCUCCACCUCUCACUCAACGAUGCCUAUGACCUUGUCAAGCGGAAGAAGUCUAACAUCUCGCCCAACUUCAACUUCAUGGGGCAGCUGCUGGACUUCGAGCGCAGCCUGCGGCUGGAGGAGAGGCGUGCACGGGAGCAGGGCAGCGGGGGGCAGGAGUCGGCUGCCUCUGACCCGCCCUCUUUCUUUACCACCCCCACCAGCGACGGUGUCUUUGAGCUGGACCCCACAUAGAGCCCCUCCCUGCCCCUCAGUGGGUGCUCUGGACCACCCAUGUGUUGGGGGGAGAAGGGGAAGCAGCAGGGGGCUCAGUUGUAAGCAGGGUGGUUGGGGGGGAAGCGCAAUACCUCAUGCGGGGGCUGUGGGAAGAGGCAGGAGCCAGGAGCCCCUCCAGGGUGGCUGCAGGGAGACCUGUCCUACCCACUUGAAACAUCCACGGGAAUCCUAUUAAAUGUGCCUAUGGGCCGGGCCCGGGGCCACGGGCCUGACCCGCGCCGCUUUCAGGCGGAACUGUGCUCCAGA